CCCUAGGCCUCCCACAGCCUAUCAUCUGUGUAUCUGCCUCCCAUUCAUCUGUGGGCCACUCGCCAUGGGUGGGUGCUUCUCCAAGCCCAAGCCAGUGGAGCUCAAGAUCGAGGUGGUGCUACCCGAGAAGGAGCGGGGCAAGGAGGAGCUGCUGGCCGGCGGGAAGGGCAGCCCCCGGACCUACCAGGGCAACGGCACAGCCCGCCACUUCCAUGCCGAUGAGCGCCUGCCCGCCCCUCACCCCUAUCCCAGCGCUCAGGACUGUGUGGAGGCCGCCGUCUGCCACGUCAAGGACCUCGAGAAUGGCCAGAUGCGGGAAGUGGAGCUGGGCUGGGGGAAGGUGUUGCUGGUGAAGGACAACGGGGAGUUCCACGCUCUGGGCCACAAGUGUCCGCACUAUGGCGCACCCCUGGUGAAAGGCGUGCUGUCCCGUGGCCGGGUGCGCUGCCCCUGGCAUGGUGCCUGUUUCAACAUCAGCACCGGUGACUUGGAGGACUUCCCUGGCCUCGACAGUCUGCACAAAUUCCAGGUGAAGAUUGAGAAGGAGAAGGUGUACGUCCGGGCCAGCAAGCAGGCCUUGCAGCUACAGCGAAGAACCAAGGUGAUGGCCAAGUGUAUCUCUCCGAGUGCUGGCCACAGCAGCAGCACCAACGUGCUCAUUGUAGGCGCAGGUGCGGCUGGCUUAGUGUGUGCGGAGACCCUGCGGCAGGAGGGGUUCUCAGACAGGAUCGUCUUGUGCACGCUGGACCGGCACCUCCCCUAUGACCGACCUAAGCUCAGCAAGUCCCUGGACGCCCAGCCUGAGCAGCUGGCCCUGAGGCCCAAGGAGUUCUUCCGAGCCUAUGGCAUCGAGGUGCUCACCGAGGCCCAGGUGGUCACAGUGGACGUGAGAAACAAGAAGGUCGUGUUCAAGGAUGGCUUCAAGCUGGAGUACAGCAAGCUGCUGCUCGCACCAGGGAGCAGCCCUAAGACGCUGAGCUGCAAAGGCAAAGAGGUGGAGAAUGUGUUCACCAUCCGGACCCCUGAAGAUGCCAAUCGUGUGGUGAGGCUGGCCCGGGGCCGCAACGCGGUGGUCGUGGGAGCUGGCUUCCUGGGGAUGGAGGUGGCCGCCUAUCUGACCGAAAAGGCCCACUCAGUGUCCGUGGUGGAGCUGGAGGAGACGCCCUUCAGGAGAUUUUUGGGGGAACGUGUUGGGCGUGCCCUCAUGAAGAUGUUUGAGAACAACCGGGUCAAGUUCUACAUGCAGACAGAGGUGUCCGAGCUGCGAGCCCAGGAGGGAAAGCUGAAGGAGGUCGUGCUGAAGAGCAGCAAGGUUGUGCGGGCUGACGUCUGUGUUGUGGGCAUUGGUGCGGUGCCCGCUACGGGCUUCCUGAGGCAGAGCAGCAUCAAUCUGGAUUCCCGAGGCUUCAUCCCUGUCAACAAGAUGAUGCAGACCAACGUCCCAGGCGUGUUUGCAGCUGGUGAUGCUGUCACUUUCCCCCUGGCCUGGAGGAACAAUCGGAAAGUGAAUAUCCCACACUGGCAGAUGGCUCAUGCCCAGGGGCGGGUGGCGGCCCAGAACAUGCUGGCGCAGGAAGCGGAGAUUAGCACCGUGCCCUACCUGUGGACAGCCAUGUUCGGCAAGAGCCUGCGCUACGCUGGGUACGGAGAAGGCUUCGACGACGUCAUUAUCCAGGGGGAUCUGGAAGAGCUCAAGUUCGUGGCUUUUUACACCAAAGGCGAUGAGGUGAUUGCUGUGGCCAGCAUGAAUUACGAUCCUAUUGUCUCCAAGGUAGCUGAGGUGCUAGCCUCCGGCCGUGCCAUCCGAAAGCGGGAGGUGGAGACCGGCGACAUGUCCUGGCUCACAGGGAAAGGAUCCUGAGCUCGCAUGCAGCAGACUUGGGCAGGCACGCUUGGGCACCAGGGACAGAGGCCAAGCCCUGGGGGCAGGUGCCAACCUCCAAUUUCCCAGGAUUCCCCAGGGCAGAACCUGAGCCUUCCCAGUGCUUGCCUUCGGUUGCCUGGCUCACCUCCAGAGAGGCUUCUGCUACCUCCAGGAGAUGCUUACCCCCCAAGGCCUCAGCUGCCACUGAUGGCUGGCAAUGGAGGCAGGACAGGCCUAUCCUCUUCUCCCUCUCUUGAGACUGGUCCCCUGCGGGACCCUGCAACAUAUUAGACAUUAUCUUAAAAUUAAAACGCACACAUUUGCAGAUCUGUGUGACUUCCAUUGUAAUUG